AUGAACAGCAGAGUAUUACUUUUACUUGCCACGCUUCUCUUAGCUUCUUAAGCUAGCCUUUUAAGAACAUUUUAGUCUGAAAAAAAUGAAACUAACUAAAUUGCAGAUAGCGAUAAUUACACAAUUUAUGGUUAUUGGGAUAUUUCUGACUAAUUUGAUAAUUUUACUUUAGAAGAUAAAGGUGACUUCGUAGCAAAAGUUAAGAAUAACACUAGCGCCAAUUAAAUUACUAUUAAUGUCAACUACAAUCAAACCUUAUUCGUUAUAGAUGAGCAAAGCAAUUUCAUUGGUAAAAAUUCAGGAUACUUUAAUGAAAUAUUCUAUUACAAUUUGUCUCUUGAUGAGUUGAAGCCUCUUAUUUAAAAGAGAGUGACAAAAUUAAAUAAGUAAUAAAAAUGA